UAUCGAUUUGAUCCAAAUAAAAAGCCUUCCAAUUGGGCAAUUCCUCCAGUGACCCAUUUGCUCCCACUAAAAUUACAAAUUGUCAAAUUCACAUUACUCUCUCUUCACUCUUUCUCCGUCAUGACUACGGAACCAGACGUUGAAUCCAAGUAUGCCCACAACGGCAAGGUCAUGGUGGGCACCGCCAUUCUCCUCUUCAUUCUCAUAAUAAUCAUUAUUUUCUUCCACACCUACGUCCGCUUCUGCCGCCGUCGCCGCCGCUUCUCUCAUUCGCUUCCGACCAAUUCCUCCGCCGCCGCCUCUCUCGACGACCCGUGCCUCGACCCUUCCAUCAUCAAGUCCCUUCCCACUUUUACUUUCUCCGCCGCCACCCACCGCUCUCUCCAGGACUGCGCCGUGUGCUUAUCGGAGUUCUCCGACGGCGACGAGGGCCGCGUGCUCCCGAAUUGUAAGCACUCUUUCCACGCUCAUUGCAUCGACACGUGGAUCGGGUCGCACUCCACGUGUCCUCUCUGCCGAACCCCGGUCAAACCGGUCACGGGUUCUUCCGACACUGAACCGGGUUCGGUUUCGGUUUCCGAAGCGGGUGAGGGUUGCUCCUCUUCGUCUUUGCCUCCGCCAAUUGGGUGCCCGAGAAAGCCGUUGGGUAUAAAUAUAAUCGUAGAGAUUCCAGAGGUGGAAAGAGGGUCGGAUUCUGUAACCGGAGAUCAAGGGUUCAGAUGGUCAUUGAAGAGGUUUUGCAAUGUUUAAGACUUCAAUGCCUGGCUUGGAUACAAGAGGGUUUUUGAGAGUUUUUCUCCUGAAAAUAUGAUAUAUAAAAGCUUUGAAAAACUCUCAAAAUCACUUUUACCUUUCUAUUCAAACAGGCUCUAAGUGAGUGAGUGUGCUUUGCCAUAUGGAUCAUAAGGAUGAUAAAAUUCCUGAAAUCAUCACAAGACAUAGCCACUCAUCGAUGCUGAAACAAAGGGACAACAUUUUCGUUUUCCGAAACCAUAGAUUGUAUGAUACAGGCUAGGCUGGGAAAGAAAAACAGAACAUCUGUUGCUUGCAAGAGUUAUCCCUUUUGUUAUGGCGUUACUUUCUAUAGAAUCUCAAUCUCAAUUGUGUUUAACCUUUACCACUGGGUUGGUGUAUUUAAUCUGUGUAUGUUUGGACGCAAGUUCGGGUGCUACAAUGGUCAUUUUUCUCUUUUGAAUUAAUUCUGAUUUGAUUACUUGUUUGAUCUUUAUGUUUAUACAACUUUUUAUAUUUUAA